AUGGCCACUAGCGUCUCUAGUGGCACAACAAACCAAUGGUUCGUGCCAUCCACAAAGGGAGAUAUCCCGCCAGGUUGCGCGGCGUACGGCUUCGUCGUCGACGGCACGCGUAUCCUGGUCUUUGGCGGAAUGGUGGAGUACGGCAAGUAUUCCAACGAGCUGUACGAACUCCAAGCGAGUCGAUGGGAAUGGAAACGCUUGAAGCCGAAACCACCUAAACACGAGCCACCGCCGUGUCCGCGAUUGGGACACAGUUUUACUCUUAUCGGCAACAGGGUCUUCCUUUUUGGUGGUCUCGCGAACGACAGCGACGAUCCGAAAAACAAUAUACCGAGAUAUCUAAACGAUCUGUACACCCUCGAACUUCUUCCCAAUGGCCAAACGGCCUGGGAUGUGCCGCAGACGCACGGACACGCGCCACCACCCAGAGAAUCUCAUACCGGAGUCGCAUACACGGAUCGUACGACGGGUAAAUCCUGUCUGGUGAUUUAUGGCGGUAUGAGCGGUUGUCGUCUGGGCGAUUUAUGGUUUCUCGAUGUCGAUUCGAUGACCUGGAAUAAACCAGUGGUUCACGGACCCACUCCUCUGCCGCGAUCAUUACAUACUGCCACUUUGAUCGGUCAUCGCAUGUACGUAUUCGGGGGAUGGGUGCCAUUGGUCGUCGACGACGUUAAAGUCGCGACACAUGAGAAAGAAUGGAAAUGCACAAGCACACUAGCAUGUUUGAAUCUAGAAACUCUUACGUGGGAACAAUUAACCGUUGAUUCCUUGGAGGAAAAUGUUCCACGCGCUCGCGCUGGUCACUGUGCGGUUGGUGUGCACAGUAGACUCUACGUAUGGUCUGGUAGGGACGGCUAUCGUAAAGCUUGGAACAACCAGGUUUGUUGCAAGGAUCUAUGGUAUCUCGAGGUCAGUAAACCGGCGCCGCCUUCCAGAGUUCAGCUGGUUAGGGCUUCCACGCAAACGUUGGAAGUCAGCUGGACAGCGAGCCCGUCCGCGCAAUAUUACAUCCUUCAGAUACAGAAGUACGACAUGCCGCCGGCGGCGACCGGCGCUUUCCCGCCUGUGAGCGCACCAGCGCCUGCAGCACCCAUCGUCAGCACCACCCCCACAGCGGCGGCGACGACUCCUGUGAUGGCGGCAACCCCCGCGACUGUGCCCGUCACGUCUCCGCCCGUGACCACGGUCGCUGCUCUUCCUCCGACUAUCCCGCCCGCCGCCGCCGCCAGAUCAACUGUCACAUCGACGGUGACGACUCCGUCGCGAGUCCAGUCGGCUGCACAAAGUCCCGUACAAAAAGUGGUGUCACCGCAGCUGGUGCAAAAACCGGCGAGUCCCAUGACUCCGAGAGUCGUGACGGGUAACGUCAUACGUAUUCGUUCUCCCCUGGUUACUUCCACAGUCGCAGCAGCAAUACCGACGGCGGUAGCGGUGGCCACCACCGAGCAACAGCAAACCACUGCGACCGCGACUACAACUGUGGCGUCAGGCCAAACACCCGCCGCCGCAAUGUCUGGCAUCGCCGCUCUGGCCGCUGCAGCAGCCGCCACUCCGAAAAUCACCAUGAACAAUGUUCCCAUUUUACCACAGGCCGGUGCCGUGACCGCGACAAACACCAUCAGAAUGAAGAAUGUUCAACCGGGUCAGCAGAUACGCUUCGCUGCGCCCGGUGCCACAGUAUUGCGCACCACUUCGCCGCAGCAAAGCAAACAGAUCAUACUGCAGAAGCCCGGCCAGAACAUAUCUGGUCAGCAAAUUGUGCAUCUUCUCAAGACCGGACAGGGUAUGGUGACCACGGUGCCCAAAGUGAGCCUCAUUCCCGGCAAGACUGUCCAAGCGGCUGGCGCGAAGCCUCUCAACCAGGGACCGACAAUAUUGCGACUGGUAAAUCCCAAUACGGUGGCAGGAUCGAAGAUUCUCACGACCAUGAAGACAUCCGGAAUAGUAGCGAUGAGCAAAGGACAGAAUAUCACGGGCAAGCAAACUAUAAUGAUUACCAAACCAGGAGGCAAUGGCGGAUUGGUCGGCAGACCUAAUCAGAUCAUCGUCGUUACGACGGGUUCGGGUCUUAGAGCUGUGCAAGCUGUGACGACCUCACAGGCUAGUACGGGACAAGGGGGUAACAUUACUACUCCCGUCAACGUCUUACCGUUGUCGGCUACGAAUCAUGUCACGAAUCAGCAAGGCGUCAAGAUGAUCGUCGUUUCUUCGGGCGCGAUGGGCGGAGGAACUGCUGGCAAGCCUAUCACUAUCACAGUCCCAGGACAGGGCGGUGUACCAAAGACAGUGACUAUCGCUACGAAAGGCAGUCCGCAAGCCAUCUUCAAUCCCGGCAAGAGUCAAAUCGUUGCCGUGCCACAAAUGCAAAAAACUCCCGAAGCAGUGAUGUCUGGAAAGCCAGUGACCUUGCAAAUGUCGGGAGGCAUAGGUGCAAAGACGGUGACGCUUAUGCCAACAAGUAGUUCUAUAGUAACUACUUCGAGUGCGUCAGAUUCGAUAGACACCGGUAAAAUGCUCUUUGUUUCUUCGAAACAACCAUCAGCUUCCUUAGCAUCUACGUCUGACGGCCCAGCUACUACUGACGCUGCAUUAGCCGCGUUAGCAGCAGAGGCAGGUCUAAUUGAUCCAGUUCAGGAACCAUCUGGUGGCUUGUCAUUUAUGGUAGCUACAGAUGAUGGAGCUACUGGUGACGAUAAGAUGGAGGACAGCUGUAAUGGUAACGAAGCGACCACAGCGGCCGCUUUAGUUUCGCAGAUGAGCGCGGGCGAACCGAUGCAAGUCGAUGGCGAUGGAAACUUUGUACUUCCACAAGUUGACGGACCGAUUGAUGCUCUCUUGUCGGAAGACGAGGAGAAGAUGGAUCUAGACGAGGAGCCUGCUCCUUCGGAAAGCGCUCCUACCGAAUCGACUAAUGUCGAUGAACCGGCAGCAGUCACGGAACAAGACGUUAAUAUUCAGGCUGAAAAUGUUCAAACGGAAGAAUCCACAGUAAAUGAGGAAGCCGCCACGCCCGAAGCGGCAACAACCGAUCCUCCCGAAUCGAUUAUUCCUGCCACCACCAACGAAGUUCCCGAAGAAAUCCCUGAUAAUCCACCAGCCGAUGACGUACCUAUCGAAACUAGCGCUGAUGAUGCGGAGCAGCCGAGUGAAAAGGAGGUGGAUAUUAAACCGUUAAUUGACGAAACGAAAACGAUUCCUGAAACGAAACCUGAUUCACCUUUGGUACAAUCGCCCGUGGAAGCUCCAUCUGAACAGACGACUUUGGAGGACAUUGCAAAUCCAACAGUGACGAAAACUGACGAAACCCAACAAGAAGAGAGCAGCCAAGCAAAGGAUAAAGAGCUCGAAUCGCAUUCUGCUGAAGACGAAAAAUCCUCGGCGACUGAGAAUCUAUCUGCUGAAGAUACGAAUCUUUCCACAACGCAUCUUUCCAAAGAUGAAACUCGAGAAGCUAAGAAAGUGAAGGAAGAGGCGGAACCGGAAAUCGAUCUUCCGGUCGAGAAUUCUCUCACAAAAUCAGAAGAGGUCAAUGAGCCGAUGAUCACUGACGAUGCCACAUUAACUGCGGCAGUUAAUGUAACGCCGACAACGACUCCCGUCGUUACGCCGAGUAUACAAUUGAAACUGGAACCCACAACAGACGAACCUAUGGAACAGGACAAGUCGCCCGAUCUACCAAUAUCAUCGAUCAACGGUGUCGCCUUGCCUCUCGAGAAGGAAACAGAAACCGUAGCAAAAGUACACACUCCUGUGAAAAUGGAGGUGAAAGACGAACUUGCGUCUUCGAAAAGAGAAAAUUUGAAGCAAGAUAAGCUUAAUGAUGCUAGGUCGGAAACUGGAGACGACUCGACGGCUUUGACGACGUUGGCUACAGCUGCUUUGGGAUCAGCCGAGUCACCGAUAAAAGUUAAAAACGAACAGAGCGAGGAGGAGAAGAAAGAGGCAGAAUGGUAUGACGUUGGUGUAAUAAAAGGAACCAGCUUCACGGUCCAGCAUUACUACCUUUCUGGCGAUGAGCCGCUAGAUAUUACGCAACCCUUGACGAUGGAUGUUUUUAAAGGAAGAGCUAAAGUAGCAUUAGAACCCGGAACUGCCUACAAAUUCAGAGUUGCCGCUGUGAAUACUUGCGGACAAAGUGCCUGGAGCGAGGUAGCAGCAUUCAAGACGUGUCUUCCGGGUUUCCCGGGUGCACCGAGCGCUAUAAAAAUAUCAAAGUCCGCAGACGGCGCACAAAUCUCUUGGGAACCGCCACCAAGCAAUGUUGGUCCCAUCCUCGAAUAUUCCGUCUACCUGGCAGUGCGCAGUACCGCGUUGAACAAUGACGGGGAACCAAAAACAGUCGUGUCGAAUCCAAAUCAGUUAGCCUUUAUUAGAGUUUAUUGCGGUUCGAGUAAUUCCUGUUCGGUGAACAAUAGUGCCCUUAAUGCCGCUCACGUGGACACCACUACGAAACCGGCCAUAAUCUUUAGAAUAGCAGCACGAAACGACAAGGGUUACGGACCGGCGACUCAAGUCAGGUGGCUACAAGAUCCAACCACAGCUGUGAAAAGUAAUCCGCAAGCGAAGAGACCCGGUACGGACCUACGCUCGCAAGUGACUUCCCCGCAGAAGAAGAUGAAGAUGGAAACAGCCGGUGAUAAUUUCUCGUGAGCCCGUUCUCUCCCUGGCCUCGUACAGCCGUGACUCCCGCGAGCGAUGCUACUCAUUAUUUAAUUUACACACGCCUAACAACGAUAACGAAAUCCAAUGUAUUAUCGAGUAUAAACAACGUGAUAUAUAAGUAAAACGAAAGAUAUGAAUACUCGAUAAAAAAAAGAAAGGGAUAGGGUGAAAAAGGUGUGUGUCUAUAGUUAGAUUUAAUCUAAAUGUAAGAAGUAUAAAAAAAAAGUAUUUUUAAUGUUCUGUAUGGACGUCCUUCUAUAUCGCGUUCCUUACUCACCGUCAUCCUUCUACUCUUUCGCGCGUGACUGCGCGAGAAUCCUUUGCGAAGACAACACAAGUACCGUUGAUAAAUAAUGACGAGAUGAUUUUCUUUUUUUUUUUUCUCUCUUUUUUUGGAGUUAGUUUUUCCAUGUUUAUAGCGCACGCGUUUUCUAUGAAGAACGGUACAACAUAUCGCAUCUAAAUGCUCACAAACAGUUGCAUCGCGCAGAUUGUACGCGUACUUUGAUGAUUUUCGCGUUAUCUGGCAACCCUUUGAUGAAUUUGACGCAGACGCUGUAUGGGAAUGACAGAAUAGCUGGCUGAACAGGACUUGUAUAUUCGGAUACUUUGUGUAUUUGUUUGAACAAUUAUAUAUACAUAUAUAUA